AUGCGGUUGUCACUCGUCGCUCUGCUGGCAUUAGCCUCCACUGGUAGCUAUGCCAGCAGCUUCCCGUCCAUCAAGGCAGCUUCCACGACUGAAGAUCCUCUGCUUCCUAGGGAGCCUCAGGGUAUACCGACUGAUCCGAUCUUGAUCACAUCGUCCAUACGCGGUACCCAUAUCAAAACUUCCGUCGCCCACAGCAACCCGCCAGUUGCCUCGAGUGUCGUUCCGCCAGGUGUCUCGAGCGUCGUCGUUCCGUCUCACAGCAUCAUAACAUCGGUGCAAGAUCCGGCGAAACCUUCUUCUGUUGUUCUGAGCAGCCAGUCAUCAUAUCAGAUGACCUCGCCUCACGUGGAGCCUUCGGCGCCAGCGCCUGCUCCACCGUCUUCAGCUGCAUCGUCCCCUCAGCUAUCCUCAGUACACGCACCGCCCCCACCUUCCUCUGUCAUUUGGAGCGGUCAACCAAGCUCUCAAGUUGCAUCUUCCCAGUGGGUACCUGUUCCCUCUUCAUCAGCGACAUGGAACAAUCAACCGUCUUCCCAAGGAGGUUCAAGCGUUGUAGUUCCAUCUCAGACUGCGUCUUCAGACCCAACAAACUCUGCUACACCAUCCUCUGGGAUCUCUACUCCGCCAUCUUCUGGAAUAGUUAUUCCAGUCAUCCCACCACCUUCUGGAACUCCUAUUAAGCCAUCUUCUGGUACCCAUGCUGUAUCGUCUUCAAGGACCUUCGCUGCACUACCUCCUGCGAACUCUGCUUCCGGUUCCUCUACACCUGCAACCUCUCCACUCGCAGGGUCAUCAGCUUGGUCUAGUGCUGCAAGUAGCUCUGUACCAUCUUCUGCCGUCUUGGCAAGCUCAGUUACUGGAUCAUCCGCGAUCUUGUCCUCUAGAGUAUCGAGCUCUCCUGGUGCCUCUGCCUCCCCUUCUAGAGUCUGGAGUAAUCCUACUGGUAGUAUUAUUACAGCUACUAGGUCUUCGGUGCCACCUGCUAGCUCCGUGUCUGUUUCCAAAUCAUCUGCUCAGCCUUCUGGUUCUAUUUCCACGGUAACUUCCAAUUCGCCAAGAAGCUCGGCUGCACAACCCUCGAGUGGUGCAAUCUCAAGCAGCAAUCCGACUUCGGUCCAGAAUAGCAGCACUCUAGAAGGUAUCAUUGUCAUUCCCCCUGGUAUCUUGACCAGCAGUACUCCAGGAGCUACCCCCAUUAUCCCUUCUAGUAUUUCUGGUAGCAACACUCCUAGCAGCAUUCAUCUCCCGAGCGAAAGUAGAAGGCAUUCUAGUAGCACUCCCGGCAGCAUGAAUCCCCCAAGUUCGGUUGGAACGCCAACUAUCAGUACUCCGGGCAGCGUCAAUCUUCCGAGCCAGAGUAUAGGGCAUUCUAUUAGCACUCCCGGUAGCAUCAAUCCUCCAAGUUCGGCUGGAAAGCCAAGUGGUAGCACUCCAGGUGGCACUAGCUCAUUCCCCAUCGUAACACCGUCUAGCAGCAAACCAGGGGGCACUGCGCCAGUUCCUACUGGAACGCAGUCUAGUAAUCCUCCGGGGAGUAUUGGGCCAUUUCCUAUUGUAACUCCAUCUGGUAGCAAUCUAGGAAGCAUUGGACCAAGUUCUAGUCGGAUCCCAACUGGCACCACUUCGGGAGGAAUCUUUUCCAAACCCACUGGAACUUUAAGCAAUAUCCCCCCUUCGCCCACCACGACGGGCGGUGAUGGCGAUCCAGAUUCUCACUCGGAUAGUGACCCCGGUUGCAAAGAAAACAACUGCAUUGCUGAUUGCAUCUCGUGGAGACUCAUGACUUUCUUGCUAUUCAAGCGGCCUGUAUGUCCUUGUGUUCCGAAGAAGUGCGACAAGGAUGGUGAUAGCGAUAGUCCAAGCGAUAGCGACAGGGACGAUGACAAGGGACCCAAACCCAAGCCAACGUCAUAUCCCAAACCCAACAAACCAGAAUGCAAACUUCUCGGUUGCGGAUGCGGGUGGAUGGGUUUGAACUACGGGCCUGGAUGUCCUGGUGUAGAGUUCGAGCUAAAUAUCCCAUGUGGUCUCUUUGGGUGUUCCCCCUGCACCUUUUUUGGUAGUUGCCCGGGCGAUAAGCAACCCGUCAACGCCAUCUUGGGCUACGGCGGAUACUGUCGAGGAGAAGGAUGCUCACCCUGCCCUCCGGAGCUCUGUAGUCGUCCAGGAUGCACAAUUUCAGGAGGUUGUGGACCGAAGCCUGGUCCUGCGCCAACUAAGCCCGCAGAUGCACCAGAUCCGGAUCGUUGCGAGGACAAGCAGCGCGUUGUUGUCACAGAGCGAUUUGUAUUUUGCACAGAGGGGUUUGAUAUUUCAGCUUUGCCUUCUACCUCUCGGGGUACUGGUAGCACAUCGUCUACGAUGGUUUCAUCAAUAUGUGUACCGUUAAUCGAUGCUACUCAGACCAUCUGCGGGCCAGCCGUUGGAUUCGAUACUACUACGACGAAGACCGGCACAAAUACGCUCACCUCCGAUGCUCCAGCAUGUACUCGAGCGCCACUUUCUCUAGAUGAUGAUGAGGGAAAUAACAAUCCCGACGAUUCGUUGUUUGAAACGUCUAGCAUAUUUGCCAGCAACACCACAAUGUUCGCAAGUUCGACUUCCAAGGGCAUUUCUAGUAUGACUCCCCGCAGCUCUUCAACAGCGCCAGCACCGAGUCAUACGCCCAUGGAUAGGAACGGCCAUUGGAAGGUGCAUAUCGGUCAAUGGAUGUGGGACGACUAUUCGGAAGUGGGAUGGACGCUGUACGACCCCAACGGCUUCGAGGCUGGUAAGCACACUACACGUGGAAAUGGCCUCAAGGAGAUGAAGGAAUACAUCCAGUCGGUGAAUCGUCCUUUCGGCGACUCCAUGCCUUUUGGAGUCGACAUGACCGUCUCACAGCCCCACGACCGCGACCACUCUAGAACCAGCUUUAAAAUUAAGAAGGAGGUCAAAGGCUGCGAAGAAUGUUCGCCUCACAUGACGACGGAGGACUACACCGAGAGCCGGCCAUUCGAGAUCAAUGCUUGCGAAAAGUCUUGCUCAAAACAAGGAAAAUCUAGUCCUUUGAAAGCCCUGUCGGAUUUAUGGUGCGAUGAUCUUAAUACAGCCGAUUGGGAGCCUUUGGCCAAUGGUUGGAAGCGCAGUUUUAACUGUGGUUGGAAAGGGUUUGAUUGA